AUGUCGGGAAUAUCAAGCAACACUGGACUUAUAGCAGCCCGUGUAACUCCAGUCUAUAGAACAAAAUCUAAAAAAUUGGAGUUGCUGAGUAUAGCCAAGCCCGCGCCAUUUACAAUACGCCCGUUCGCUGGACUUUUUAAUCCUUUUCCGUACGGGUGUUCGGUGUUGUGCAAUCACCCAGCGGAUUGUGAAGCCAAAGAAUUUAUUAGACGCGCUAAAGAAUCAUGGGCUAUGGAAGGGAAAGCGCUACUUUUACCAGCCGAAAUGGAAAUGAUUCGAGCUACGCUUAUAGCUGGUGGUAUUAUAGACUCCGGAGAGGUCAAUGACGGCAUCAAUAUCCAUACAUCGACCGCCGUUCCUGAAGAACUGUUCCGUAAAUACACCGAGACGGAUUCAAGACCGUUGACACCUACCCCAACGCUGGCCAGCGGGCCACUGACUGCGCAUCAGAACCACCCGGACAAUCUUGUUCCUUGUAAUCCCCGUGAGCGGACUACGUUGAUAUUAGACCUGAGAACUGCCUCCCAGGAGCAAGAUGAGACUUUGAGUUGGCACGCUUUGACUCUUGAACCCCCGCCGAGUCCCAAGCGAGCUAAUGAGUAUCUAAAAUCACCUGUUCAACAUCGCCAUCAAUCUCGGGCAAUUCUUCCGCCGGUUCAGACCAUUCCGAUCAGACGACGUGGAAAACGUCUGAAGAAACGCAGGUGCAGGCGAGGUUCAGCCUAUGGCCAGCAGAAUGAAGUCAGAGACCCUUUGGAGCCUGCUGAAACUCAGGUGUCGCAGGUAGAUGAUACUUCAAGAAGAAAUAGUUCAUUGACUCCGCAUGGCAACGUUGAAGUCGAGAAUGUUGCUGAGAAAAUUCCUACAUCUUUACCGACUCAGCCAGUCUUUUGUAAAACAAAUCAAAUUAUUAAAUCAUCUUCUCGUCAACCUCAUCUCCAACGACUAGCAACCAGUGCCCCGCGAGUAUUUUCACGCCAAAGCGCUCGUUUUGAACUUCUAAAUAGCGGCAGCUUAUCAUCGAUAAAACCGCUAGACUAUUUAGAAAAACAUGUUUUCAUAACACCGGGAAGAAAACUUAUUUUUGGUCGAACGUUUAACAAAUACUACGAAGACAGUUUAGAUGAAACGCGAUGUAUUUCACCUAAUGAUUUUUUAGAAGCUCUGCGUGAAGUAAUGGGCAGUUGUUUGACCGACGAAAAGAUAGAUCAAUUAAAAGAAAUAUUUGGCGAGAUUACAGAACCACUGAGUUUUAGAAGAUGGUGUGGAAUUUGCGCAGCUUCUGAGAGACUUUUAUCGCCGCUUUCUCCCAAAGAAUUGGAUCCUCCUGUCUGGCUAGAGAAGGCCGACUUUGAAGCUCUAGAAAAAAGACUUAUCAACGCCGAUAAUGUUGACCCUAAAUUGGCUUACAUGCUGAGACAAAUUAGAGACAGAUAG